AUGGCGGUCAUUGACAGCGUUGAGGUAACCAUCAGCAGUGACCGCACCACCCUGUGCGAGUACGCAAUACCAGCCAACCACGACUCUGGGGUUAUCCAUGACGACUACUCUCCCGCCACCAAGGUCGCUGUACGCUACAUCGAAGCCGUCCCGGGUGCCAACUUUGAGAUCAAUUACUCGGUAAUGGAGGAUCAAGAGUUUGGGAAAGGCCGAUUACUUAAGCGGAGCUGGCGCUACGUGGGCGGUACAGCCAUAUACCUGGGCUGCACUGCUAUCGAGCAAGUUGACCAUGCUAAGCAAUAUCGCUUACUGAUGUUCGCAGCGGACGAGACACCGAACGCGACAGUCGACGACAUUAAAGCACGAUACGGCAAAAUCGGUUCCAUCCGAGUCGAAUUUUCGCGGAAGAAGCGUCUGGGGGUCACUCACAAGUUCGAGCCAGUCUCACUGAAUGAAGAACCCAUUCCAGAGGAUGCUAUCAAGGGCUUGGCCCUUGAUCUUGGUGUUGGCCUACAGAAUGCGAGGCCGAUGCAGAAUCAAAUCAAAGUGAACCGCGGCGAGAUAGUCGAUGACGGCCCGCUUGCGAUCUUCAUCUUCCUUUACAGAAGUAGGAAUGCAUUACAGAGCCUUGGUGUCCUUCCCUCAAACGCCCCAGCCCAUAUCGUUGGAGGAGAGAGACCCUGCUACACUGAGUCCUGCGGAAAUGUUGGAGCUGAUACGCUGGCAGCAGAGCUCGAAGCAAUGAGAGCAAAUGUCAAGAAGGAGAAAGCCGAGUCGGACACGGACAUGCCACGACUUGAUAGCAUCAAGAGAGAGGCAACUGAUGAGGACGACAACCUGGCUGUUCUCCCUGUGCCAUGGAUUUGCAAGAAGGUGAAGGUCCUCGACUUAACAGAUGAUUAG